AUGAGGAAGAGUAGAGAUAUGGAGAGCUCAGACAGUAUGAAGCAGGAAUCCAGAUCGAAGUCAGCUUUGUGGGGGGGCACACCGCAAUACGACUAUGUCUGCUUUGAGAAAUGCACCCAUUACGGGAUACCCUUGGAGGCAGGACGCGAGGCCGGGGGGACAGGGGACGACCUGCACUGCCUGGAGAACUCUCUCAGCCACCCACAGCUUUAUGGCCAAUACACAGACCAGAUAACUGACUUUGCAGAGAAGGAAGCAGCAAAACUACUGAAUACAAGGCAGACCCAAAAGAACAAGGAAAGACCCCUGAAACGACAGAGUCAAGUAGAUAUAAAAGAAGAGCACUAUUCCAAAUGUCAAGCCUGUGCUAGACGCAUCCAGAAAUACAUCACCAGGAAGCUUGGAGAGGACUGGAUUUUCUUGGUUCUGUUGGGACUGGUCAUGGCGUUGGUGAGCUGGGGAAUGGACUAUGCCAGUGCAAAGAGCCUACAGGCCUACAAGUGGAUGUACAAAGAGCUACACCCGAAUAUUCCUAUGCAGUAUCUGGCGUGGGUCACAUACCCACUUGUUCUCAUUCUGUUUGCGGCCAUUUUUUGCCACCUCGUCUCUCCACAGGCUGUUGGGUCUGGGAUCCCAGAGCUCAAGACAAUUAUGAGGGGAGUGGUCCUCAAAGAAUAUCUCACUCUCAAAGCUUUUGUGGCCAAAGUUGUGGGCCUCACAGCUGGACUUGGAAGCGGCCUGCCUGUGGGGAAAGAGGGUCCUUUUGUGCAUAUUGCUAGUAUCUGUGCAGCAGUACUCAGCAAGUUUAUGUCAAUUUUCUGUGGUGUGUAUGAGCAGCCAUAUUAUUACACGGAUGUCCUGACUGUGGGUUGUGCUGUGGGUGUUGGCUGCUGCUUUGGGACACCACUUGGAGGGGUCCUUUUCAGCAUUGAGGUCACUUCUACUUACUUUGCUGUGCGCAACUAUUGGAGAGGUUUCUUUGCAGCUACCUUUAGUGCCUUCAUUUUCCGAGUCCUUGCUGUUUGGAACAAGGAUGCAGUUACCAUCACAGCCCUGUUCAGAACUAACUUUCGCAUGGAUUUCCCCUUCGAUCUGCAAGAGCUGCCAGCAUUUGCUGUAAUAGGGAUAUGUUCUGGAUUCCUUGGAGCAUUUUUUGUUUAUCUUAAUCGUCAAGUGGUCCUAUGCAUCCGGCGUCAUACAGCUCUAAGCCAGUUUCUCACCAAAUACCGCCUCAUAUACCCUGGGGUUAUAUCCUUCCUUAUAGCAACCGUGACCUUUCCUCCAGGGUUUGGACAGUUCAUGGCAGGAGAGUUGAUGCCACGGGAAGCCAUCAGCUCUCUCUUUGAUAACUAUACCUGGGCAAAACACACAGGAGACCCCCAGAUCCUAGGUAAAUCUGCUGCCUGGAUCCACCCCAAAGUCAGUGUCUUCAUCAUCAUCCUGCUAUUCUUUCUCAUGAAGUUCUGGAUGUCUGUCAUUGCUACUACAAUGCCAAUCCCCUGUGGAGGCUUCAUGCCUGUUUUUGUUCUGGGUGCUGCAUUUGGACGUCUUAUUGGGGAAAUCAUGGCAUCACUCUUUCCUGAUGGGAUCCUCUUUGAUGGCAUUGUUUACAAAAUCUUACCUGGAGGGUAUGCUGUCAUUGGUGCAGCAGCUCUGACAGGAGCAGUCAGCCACACUGUCUCCACUGCUGUGAUCUGCUUUGAGCUGACAGGUCAAAUUUCUCACAUCCUGCCCAUGAUGGUAGCUGUCAUUCUUGCCAACAUGGUGGCCCAGAGUCUGCAACCCAGCCUCUAUGACAGCAUCAUCCAGGUGAAGAAGUUGCCUUACCUGCCAGACCUGGGCUGGAAUCAUAUAAGCAAAUACAAUGUCUUUGUUGAAGAUAUUAUGGUUCAAGAUGUGAAGUUCGUCUCCUCCAACUGUAAAUAUCGAGACUUGCAAACUCUGCUCCAAAGCACCACUGUUAAGACUUUGCCUUUGGUGGACUCACCAGAGACCAUGAUCCUACUGGGGUCUGUGGAGCGCUCUGAACUGCAGGCACUCCUCCAGAGACAUAUCAGCCCAGAACGGCGACGGUGCCUCAACAGAGAAAUGCAGCAGAAGCUAGCUGAGGCACCUUACAAUGGACACAGUAAGGGAUCAGGGGCAACCCCGCCAAAGCUGAAGCAUGAGUCUUUUGCUUAUGUUGAUGAGGAUGAGGAUACAGAUGAGAAGGCAGAGCUGCCCCUGCCACCAACUCCCACUUCUAGUUACCCAGAGGAGCCCAACGGCCCAACAAGUCCUGUUAAACAAACACACGAAAUUUUGGAGCCACAGCAACGCCCAGGCAAUUUCCGGAAUUUGAGGCAACUGAUCCAGCAGCUCUUGUGCCCUUUCAACCAUCCACUUGAAAGAGAGAGUGAUGUCCAGGAGCCAGUGGAACUCAUUGAUACAAUGACACCAGAAGAGAUAGAUGCUUGGGAACAGGAGGAGCUGAACAAGGAUGUAUGCUUUGACUGCUGCUGCAUAGACCCUUCCCCUUUCCAACUGGUGGAGAGAACUUCCCUGCACAAGACACAUACAUUGUUUUCAUUACUGGGACUCAGCCAUGCCUACAUAACCAGUAUGGGGAAGCUGAGGGGAGUGUUGGCUUUGGAAGAGCUUCAGAAGGCAAUAGAGGGCUCUACACGCUCUGGAGUUCGCCUCCGCCCUCCCCUUGCCAGUUUCCGUGACACAAACCGGACUUCAAUCAGCAGUGAGAAGAUCAGCCAGGCCACUCAGGCGUGGAACCAGCAAGACAGCUGCAUGGUGGCUGCACAGAAUGCAGCAGACUUGGGGACAGAAAGCCCACUACCUCCCUACUCACACUCCCCACAACCCUCUCACUUGCAUGAUGAAGGGGAAGGCCUGUACUCCAAUUAUGCCACUGAUACUGAUUUGGAAGAGAUGGAGCUGACAGGACCAGUUGCUGAAGACAUCUCAGACAUCCUCAAGGACAUAAGCCUACGCUCCACUGAUCUGUAUGAGGAUGAAGAUGAGGAUGAAGAUGUCCAUUUAUAA